GCGCGCGUUUUCCCGAGUCCUCUCGCGUCCGUUCCGUGCGACGCUGUUCCGUCCGUCCCGUUCCAUCGCGCGCGUUCCCGUCACCACGGCAGUCCGUCGCCGGAACGCACACGCUCGGCCGUUCGCGACCCGUUCCCGGCACGGUUGUUGACGUGUACCUACGGACAAACUGCGAUCAUUCUUUCGUUUUUCUCGGCGCAUUCGCUGUCCGCUUUCGAACCUUCCUGGAGUUUUUUUUUUUUUUAGAGUUUAUCCAACUCUUGUACCGCGGUACGAUCUCGAAGCUUACCGCACAUCGGUGUACGGUCGAGGUCGACCGACGGCGAAAUUCGUGUUCGUGAUCCGUUCGUAUUUUUUAUUUUUUGAACUCUUAAGUAUUGCGUGCGAUACGUGUAUCGUGAUCGUGUCCAAGAGGACGGGUGCAAAACUAGACUCAAGCUUUUUAACGGAGAGUUUAGGUCUGAAAAAACCAAAACGAUUUACACACAACAUAUUAUCAGAACUUUAAACAUGAUGUUGAGAGCCUGAUGUCAUUAACUGAACAUUAUUAAUACUUCUCGUUUUCAGAUUUGAAUUUGGAAGGUGACGAUGACCGAUUACCAAUAUGGACUUUCUAACAUUCAGGACAAUCAUAUUUUACAGCAGAUCAUCGCGAAACGGAAAAAAAUGUGCGAAUCGCUCUUGGACGACCCGCUAAUGUCCGACAGUGAUGUUUGGUGCCCUAGAGAGUUUGAUGGUUGGUCGUGUGUUAAUCGAACCAAAGCUGGUGGAGUGGCCACAUUUCCGUGUCCUUAUUUUAUUUUGGGAUUCGAUUCAAAGCGUUUCGGUCAGAAAAUCUGUCUGCAGGAUGGCACGUGGUUCAAGCAUCCGGACAGCAACAAGACGUGGUCGAACUAUACGACUUGUGUCGAUUUGGACGAUUUAAAAUUGAGGAACCAGGUGAACAUGAUCUAUAAAUGGGGAUACACCGUGUCGUUGGCCGCGCUGGCUGUCUCGAUAUUCAUAUUCUUUUAUUUCAGGAGUCUUACUUGCACCAGGAUACAAAUACACAAAAACCUAUUCAUUUCAUUGGCCAUGAACAAUUGCCUGUGGCUAGUUUGGUACGAGGCAGUAGUGGACAAUUUACCAGUACUCAUGGCGAACGGGUUGGCCUGUAAACUUCUACACGUGCUGGUCCAAUACUUUCUGGUAGCUACGUAUUUUUGGAUGUUCUGCGAGGGACUGUACUUGCACACGUUACUAGUGGUAACUUUUCUCACCGAGUCCAAAGUAAUGCCAUUCUUGCACACGAUCGGUUGGGGCAUACCUGCGGUGUUGGUAUCUACGUACGCUGGACUUCGGACAAUUACAACUGGUGAAACUAUACAUUGUUGGAUACACGAAUCGCUGUACUCCUGGAUACUGUCGGGACCGGUGUGCGUGUCGAUGUUGGCCAACCUGGUGUUCCUGAUCAACAUUGUCAGACUGCUGUUGGUCAAACUGCAUGCCAGACAGAUCACCAUGGCCAGUCCGAAACACGUGGCGACCAGAGAACGGGCGCAGUCAUUCAGCCUCCGAAGCUUCAAAAGGAACAACAGCAGCGUGGACAGCUACGACAAGGCGCCCGCGUCAUCCAGCAGGACUGGCAAGGCGGUCCGGGCCACGCUCAUCCUGAUCCCUCUCCUCGGACUCCAGUACAUCGUCACGCCCUUUCGACCGGAGCCCGGCACGCCGUGGGAGCCCGUUUACCAGGUCACUUCAGCGGUGGUCGCCUCAUGCCAGGGCCUGUGCGUGGCGCUACUGUUUUGUUUCUGCAACGGAGAGGUGCUGUCAGAGAUUAAGAAACGGUGGAAACACUGCAAGAUCAAUAAGAACCGGUCGUGGAACCCGUGCUUGAAAGUCACGUCCGUUUCGCCGCAACACCACCCCAGGCUGCUGGUGACCGAAGAUCAACAGACUCAGAGGACGGGAAGCAUACAAGUGUUGCCGCGAAAGGAUUCGGCCGAGUGCUUACAAAACGUUCAACUCUAGACGUGCAAAUGCGCGUUUUCACACGGUUAUUCUUUUUCUCUAUUCCUAUUUCGUUUUUUUUUCGUUUCCAAUAUUAUUAUUAUUAUUCUAUACAACAUA